AUGGAGAGGAACUCUCGUCUCAAGAUUCUGGCUUGCAGUGCUGCAGAUGACCCGCCGCUGACCUCUGCGCAGCUGCAGCUGGCGGGAGACGGGAGGAGCUAUCGGACCGAAUCUCUGCGGCGAAGUGCUACAUCUGCGCUCUUGCGUUCAAACAUUGAGGAGGAGAUCGCCAAAGUCCGCGCCAGCCUGUUCCAAAUCAACGGCACGAAGAAGGAGCCCCUGGUGCUGCCGGAAGCCGAGGGUCCGCCCGUCACGCUCACAGAGAAGGUCUACGUGCCCGUCAAGGAACACCCCGAUUUUAACUUCGUGGGUCGCAUCCUGGGCCCGCGGGGCAUGACCGCCAAGCAGCUGGAGCAGGAGACGGGCUGCAAGAUCAUGGUCCGCGGCCGCGGCUCCAUGAGGGACAAGAAGAAGGUGGGUCUCCAGGAGGAGGCGAACCGGGGGAAGCCCAACUGGGAGCACCUCAACGACGAGCUGCACGUGCUCAUCACGGUCGAGGACUCGGAGAACCGGGCCAACCUGAAGAUGCAGCGUGCCGUCGAGGAGGUCAAGAAGCUGCUCGUUCCCGCUGACGGGGAGGAUGAGCUGAAGAAGAGGCAGCUGAUGGAGUUGGCGAUCAUCAACGGGACGUACAGAGACUCUAGUGUCAAGGCAGUUGCCGCAGCAGAGUUGUACGGCAUGGUCGCAGCUUGCGACGAGGAGUGGCGCCGGCUGACGGCGGCCGCCGCCGCGGAGACCCAGCGCCUGCUGUCCCCGGGCAUGCCGGGGCUCGCGGCGCCCAUGCGCUCGCCCGCCACGCCGCUCGGCGCGCCGCUCAUCCUCUCCCCGCGCCUGCCCGUCUCCACCACCGCCUCGCUGCUGAACGGCUCGGCCCACCACCACCACCACCAGGGCGGGCCGCUGCUCUCGCCCCACGACCCGCACGGCCUCAUCUAUGCUGCUGCGCCCUACGCAGAGUACGCCAACUACGCGGCGCUGGCCGCGUCGCCGCUGCUCGCCGAGUACGACCACACGGAGCAGCGGUGGGUCACUGCUGGGGUUUGAACCACUGGUUGCAUGCGCGGUGGCCCGACCAACGGUAGCUCCGUUCCCUCGAAAACAAGAAGGAUCGGCAACCGCAGCUCUCUUGGAAAAAAAAACACACACACACACACUUUCUCGUUGAUAGUCGUUUUGACUCUUCGCCGUUACCAUCUUGUUGUGCGUUGGUCGUCACACGGUCGGCGACCGGCCCGUCGGAGUUUGCCGCGGCAGGGUUGAAACAGUCUUUGUGUAUGGUCGACAUCCCCACUGUUCCGAGGGUGUCGCCGGUUGUACUUUCAUGCCAUGACAUUAGGUGUUAAGCUUGAACUGUGUGUUAUUCCUGUGAAAUAUGAACGAUUGCAAUUUCGAGGAGCCCGCCUACCUUAUGCUGUUGUGUACUGCUAAUUUACGUUUUUAUAGAAAACUACGGAGUGUAUUCGCUAUUUGAUUUUCAUACGAGCAAUGAUGUUGGAUUUCUACUUUCAAGAUUUUGCAACUGGUUUAAUAUUAACUUUUAAGCCUCGGAAUUUAGUCUAGUGUUGCACACUUCCAUGCUGCUGUUUCAAACCUUCCAACAUUAUAUCUCUUAAACCACCCAAGCAAAGGUUGUGCAUUAAACUUUGUUACAUGUUUUUCAAUAAUGAAAUUAUAAUUUCACGGCAUAGUCUCGUAGGUGGGUACAUCACGAUGAAACCUACGUGCUUUUUGCCUUGCUCUAAAGGUAACUAGGCAUUUGAUGCACUUUGCAGAUGUCUGGCAUAGCAUCUCUUGGUUUUUGUUCAAAUGAUAAAAACUGUAGGUAGGCGGACCCCUUUAUGUAUAAAGCAGGAUAUUUUUUUGUAGGUAUUGCAGAAAACUUGCUAGAAAUUUAAACAUGAAGCUGUACAAGCUUGCAAGAGUACCUAACAAUGUUGUCACUUUUAAGCUGUGAGGAUUAAGUGCUUUUUUUUUGUCAAACAGAAGGACAAUAUUUAUCGUGGAGUACAAAUUAAAUUUUUGCUUUUUGGCUGAACCAAUCAGAAUAAACACUCGUUCAGUGGCUUGGAUAUUUUGACGUGCUGUAUUUACGUUAUUUUAUCGAAAAAAGUUUUGUUUCUGUAUCCAUGACAUAUUGACUGCUUUAUCCAGAACAUUGUUGUAAUCUUUGAGUGGUGUAGUAAUUGCAUUCAAUUCUUACAAGUGGCUGUGGGCAGAUAAUGGGUACCAAUACCAAGUGGGUGCGGAAGGAAAAAAAAAAAAUUCCGUUGGUUCUGCUGUAGACGUACCACUAUGGAAAUGCGUGCACGCAUAACAAAAUGUUAAAGAUGUAGGAAUGUUGGAUGUAGGCUUUGCUCGCGUGACUGUGUAUUUUACCAGAGUUGCCGUAAAAUGUUGGCGAUGCUUCAUGUGCACAUGAAGUUAUGCGCUGCUGGAUUGUUUUGCUGGGCGUGCUCUCUAUUGUCAGCCUCUGUCUGACCACAGCUGCUCAUUAGCUAUCAAAUAGUUGCUUGAAGCAUUUUUUGAAAACAGUGCAUUUGAAGAUGACAUUAUUAACCUAAUUUCAUUCAAAUAUCAGCUCAGAGACAUAUUUUAUUUUACAUCAUAUCUUCACACGUGUAUUAUGUAUAUUUAAGAAUUCUAGUGAUAUAUUACAGUGUAUAUAUAAAUAUUUGAACUAGAUAUAUCUAGGGAAUAUUCAUGAUUGGAAUCAUGUUUAUUAUAUAUGUUGAAUAUUUUUUAUUCUUAUCUUGGUUGUUUGUCUUUUAGAGAUUAUAGGAAUGUGUUAGUUUGUAAGUGUUGAAUUGUGUGUAGGUAUAGUGAAUACAUGUUUUGUUUUUAAACUUUUAAGAAUGAAUGUGAUAGUUAAAUGCAGUAGAUGAGAUUUUUCUAGCAAAUUUUCAAAUGUAUUAUAAAAAAGAAGACUUGCAUAUUGCGGUGAAGGGUACUCAAAGUAUUUUAAGUUAAAAAGAAGUAUUAGUGAAUACAUUAUUUUAUUCCUAAAUAAUUAUAUGAAUUUUUUUUUUUUUUAAAGUGGAACACUUGGUGAUGGUUUAAACAGUAGUUGCUAUAUUUAAUGUUUGAGCAUUUCCAUUUUGCUACCACUUAAAUUACUACAUAACAGAGUUUAAUAGAUCCAGCCUUCAUAAUUUUAGUGCCUUUUUUUCUAUCACAGUAACAUUAAAUAGUGUGAAAAUUCCAAGCGAAAGUUCACACAAUAACAAUUUUUAAUUUUACUAAAAAGCUCGUGGGACCAAAUGGUUUAAAUAAAUGAAGACUUUACAGUUACUCUGCUCCCAUUUACUCAGUAACGCAAUAACAUUCUCACAUCUUCCCCCCCCCCCCCCCCCCUCCUCAAAAAAAAUGCAAAUAUUAACAACCUAAACGUUAAUUUGUUUAGUUCAGCUUUUAAAUUUAUGAGUGAAAGUUAUGGUGUGAGUGAGAUAUAAAGCAUGUAGUAUGAACCUUGACCUUUAUAACUAUCGAAAGCAUUUCUAAAGAAUACAAUAUCAACCAUCUUAGAUAUUUGUAAAUAAGUCAUAUUUGUGAAAAUAUUUACAAAUAAUUUUUAUUAGUUUUAAAUUUGUAUAUUUUUAAUCAUUUAAAUGAAAAUUCUUCAAAAUUUUAAUAUUUUAAAAAUAUUACAUGUAGAUUUUGAGCAAAUAUGAUUUUAUAAUUUUCUCUGUAGUGCCAUAUUUAAAAGCUACAAUUUAUAUUAUGUACACAUGGUGCUUUUUAAAAUGUGUUAUUUUAGUAGGUACUGGAUGAAAUCCAUGUCAAAUAAUUUAAAAUAAUUUAUAACUGUUCACUGACUUUGUUGGUGAAUUUGGGUCACAGUGCUUUAAGAUGUAGUAGCAUGUAAGUUAAAAGGUGUCAUUUUUGUCAAUGACAGAUAGGAAAAAUAUUUUUGUUUAGGAGUAGCUCCUGUCGUAAAAAAAUUAUCAAACUAUGACUAUUGUAUUUUUAAUAGCGCUAAAAUAUUGAGAAAAAAAAAUGGAUUUAAAUAUCAGUAAACUGUCCGAUUCUGAUGUCAAUUAGCUGCUUUGAAUACACACAUUUUUUUUUGUUUCUAGUAAAAAUUACGUAAAUAAUUUUUUCCUUUGUUUUUAAGGGGUUGUAUUUUUGGCACAACAUCACAAUUAAUGUUCAGUUUGUGUGGAGACAAAUAAUGCAUACAGAAAAGUCAUUUGAGGUGCUGUUUACGACUGUCACUCCUUUUGCAGACUGCAUUAGUUGACAACAGGCACAGUCAUUAAUAUCUCUCUUGAUAUUUACAGAAUUUAAAGUUAUUUGAUAUUGAACAAAAAUUAUUUAAUUAUUAAUAAUUUUUAAAGUUUUUAGUUGAUUAAAAGUUUUUUUCAUCACAAAAAACUUCUAAGAAAUUGGAAAAAAUUAGACAUGUUGUUGAGAGCGCAAGGUUUCCAAAAUAAGUAAUGGAUGCAUUAUUACAGUCCCAAGUUGGAGAAGAUGUUUGGCCACUAAAAGAAAAAAAAAAAUUAAAGAAAAUGGUUUGGGCUUAAAAAAAAAACGCUGGAGAUAGAUAAUGUAUUUUCAUGAAACACUUGCUUUAAAGUGGCUUGUUUGUGUGUGCCUGAAUUCAGGUGCGGCAGCUAAGCAGAGGAGACAUUUGACUCAGUUGCGGGAUCACCCGUAUCAAAGGGCAGGGGCCCUAUCCUGAAAAAAUUUCUCUUUCCCGUGCCAAGGUUAGUUAAUGUGUGUUCUCUUUCUCCCCGACUUGUAUUGUUGUCUCGUGUUUGCAGUAUCUCUAAAGUUGAGUUUCUGGUGUGGAAUUUAUUUUGUGAUAGGUUUUCUGAAGCUUUCUUCUUUUUACAGUUAGCACCAAGAAAACCUUUUUUAAAAAACUUUUCUUAGUUAUGAAGGUUUUUUAUAUAGAAAAAUCUGUAAUUUUUUGAAAGGAAGUCAUGCAUAACUGUAAGAAGAAGCUAAGCUUUCUGCUACAGAACGUAAACAAAGAGGAAGGAAGGCCUAUUUUCUGUUUAAUUUAAAAUUUCUAUUCAUGUAAUUCAGUUAUCUUAUUUUUUAGUAUUUAUCAGACAAGCGUAGUGAUUACAAAUGUUAGCCAUCUAAAAUAAUACACAGUUUUUGCUGCCCUUGUAGUUGUAGUUUGUAGAGGAAUAUAUUCCUGUCACAUUAUCUAGUCCUAUUUGCAAUAUACUUCUCUACUGUUUUUUCUGUAGGUUCAGUAAAGUGCACCUUUCAUCAGUUUAGCAUAGUGUGAGUUUAAGACAGUGGAAUGUUGGAAACUCGAGAUUGGUUAGUUCUUCAAACCUGUAUUGAAAAAUGUGAUACUCAACUAUGCUCUCUCAUAAAGUUCGCAGAUUUUGUUUUUCAAAAAACUUUAUUUUCGCAAGUGGUUGUGAUAUAACUAGCUUCCUGAGAACACUGAAACCAAUGUUUGCAAUUUUUAUGCAGAGUUGUCCUUCUUUCCUCAACGCUCUAUGCAUUGUGAUGGAACAGUGAGUUUCCUGAUGUAAAGGGAUUGUACUGCACAGUGUAUUUUUUUUUAUCAGUUGAGGGAAGGACAAGCGACACUCUUUUAUUAUAUUUGUGUAUUCUUUCCAUUAUAUUUUGCAUUGUUUUUUUGUGUAUUUUGUUGAUUUUAGGCAACUUGUGCCAGUGGAAUUACAAUGAGAUAUUUUUUAUUUUUCACUGGAUUUGUGUAUGAUUCAUACAAAACUCGGAAACCCCAAAAAAAUAAGAAUAAAGAGAAAAUUAGUGAAGCAAAA